CGAAGGAUUCAACAACUACCGAUUCCUAUCCAAUGGCUAUGUUCCCAUCCCUGGACAACAAGAGAAGGACAACUUCCAAGAAACUAUGGAGGCAAUGCAUAUCAUGGGUUUCUCCCAUGAGGAAAUUCUGUCGAUGCUGAAAGGUGGCCUCAUCAGCACUGCAGUUUGGCAAUAUUGUGUUUAAGAAGGAAAGGAACACAGAUCAAGCAUCAAUGCCGGACAACACAGCUGCUCAGAAACUCUGUCACCUGCUGGGAAUGAAUGUAAUGGAAUUCACUCGCGCUAUACUCACCCCACGCAUCAAAGUUGGCCGCGACUAUGUUCAGAAAGCGCAGACCAAAGAACAGGCUGACUUUGCUAUUGAAGCAUUAGCAAAGGCUACAUACGAACGCCUUUUCCGUUGGCUUGUUCAUCGCAUCAACAAAGCUUUGGACAGGACAAAACGACAGGGAGCUUCUUUCAUUGGCAUUUUGGAUAUUGCUGGUUUUGAAAUCUUUGAACUAAACUCAUUUGAACAGCUGUGUAUCAACUACACCAAUGAAAAGUUGCAACAGCUGUUUAACCACACCAUGUUUAUCUUGGAACAAGAGGAAUACCAGCGAGAGGGCAUCGAGUGGAAUUUCAUUGACUUUGGUCUGGAUCUGCAGCCUUGCAUUGACCUCAUUGAAAGACCUGCAAAUCCUCCUGGUGUAUUGGCUCUGCUGGAUGAGGAAUGCUGGUUUCCCAAGGCUACUGAUAAGACAUUUGUGGAAAAGUUGAGCCAAGAACAAGGUACUCAUUCAAAAUUCCAAAAGCCAAGACAACUCAAAGACAAAGCUGACUUCUGCAUAAUUCAUUAUGCUGGCAAGGUGGAUUACAAGGCAGAUGAAUGGCUUCUGAAAAACAUGGACCCGCUCAAUGACAAUGUAGCAACCCUCUUACACCAAUCAUUGGACAAGUUUGUGGGAGAGUUGUGGAAGGAUGUUGACCGCAUUGUGGGUUUGGACCAAGUGGCUGGCAUGAAUGAGACUGCCUUUGGUGCUGCAUACAAGACCAAGAAGGGCAUGUUCCGCACGGUGGGACAACUAUACAAAGAGUCCUUGGCCAAACUAAUGGCAACACUCCGCAACACUAACCCCAAUUUUGUACGUUGCAUCAUUCCAAACCAUGAGAAACGGGCCGGAAAGCUUGACCCUCACUUGGUGCUUGACCAGUUACGCUGCAAUGGUGUAUUGGAGGGAAUAAGAAUCUGCCGUCAAGGAUUUCCAAACAGAAUAGUCUUCCAAGAGUUCAGACAGAGGUAUGAAAUCCUGACUCCCAACUCCAUUCCAAAAGGCUUCAUGGAUGGCAAACAAGCAUGUGAACGAAUGAUUCAUUCCUUGGAAUUGGACUCCAAUUUAUUCCGUAUUGGCCAGAGCAAGAUCUUCUUUCGUGCCGGGGUUUUAGCGCAUUUGGAAGAAGAGCGGGAUCUGAAGAUCACUGAUAUAAUCAUUCUAUUCCAAGCUGUCUGCCGUGGUUAUCUGGCACGAAAGGCAUUCUUACGAAAGCAACAACAGUUGAGUGCACUGAAGGUUUUACAAAGGAACUGUGCUGCUUACCUGAAGCUCAGACACUGGCAAUGGUGGCGACUCUUCACCAAGGUGAAGCCACUGUUACAGGUAACCCGUCAGGAGGAAGAAUUGCUUUCCAAAGAGGAUGAGCUGACAAAGGUGAAAGAGAAACAUGUAAAGGUGGAGGCAGAUCUUACAGCAAUGGCAAGAAAGAAUCAGCAGGUAAUUGAAGAGAAGAAUAUUCUGGCCGAACAGCUGCAAGCUGAGACUGAGCUCUUUGUAGAAGCAGAGGAAAUGCGAGUACGUCUAGCCAAUAAAAAGCAGGAACUGGAGGAAAUCUUGCACGAUUUGGAAGCGAGAGUGGAGGAAGAGGAGGAACGAAACCAGCAAAUUCAGAAUGAAAAGAAGAAAAUGCAACAACAUAUUCAGGAUCUAGAAGAACAACUCGAUGAAGAGGAAGGAGCUCGGCAGAAGCUUCAGCUCGAGAAAGUUACAGCAGAGGCUAAAAUCAAGAAAGUGGAAGAAGAAAUCUUGAUGUUGGAAGACCAGAAUUCUAAAUUAACAAAAGAGAAAAAAUUGUAUGAAGACCGGCUUUCUGAGUUUGCUUCGCAACUGGCAGAGGAGGAGGAAAAGGCAAAGAGUUUGAAUAAAGUCAAGAACAAGCAGGAGAUGAUGAUCACAGACCUAGAAGAACGUUUGAAGAAGGAGGAGAAAACCAGACAAGAACUGGAAAAAUCAAAGAGAAAACUGGAUGGUGAGACCACAGAUUUACAAGAUCAAAUCGCUGAGUUACAGCAGCAGAUUGAGGAACUGAAGAUACAAUUGGUGAAGAAAGAAGAGGAGCUCCAGGCUGCCCUGGCCAGAGGUGAUGAAGAGAUUGUUCAGAAAAACAAUGCGAUCAAACUAAUCCGGGAGCUGCAGGUUCAGAUUUCCGAGCUACAGGAGGACCUGGAAUCGGAGAAGGGUGCCCGCAACAAGGCAGAUAAGCAGAAGAGAGAUCUAAGUGAAGAGCUGGAAGCUUUGAAGACUGAAUUGGAGGAUACUUUGGAUACCACAGCGGCUCAGCAAGAACUGAGAUCCAAACGUGAGCAGGAGGUAGCUGAGCUCAAGAAGGCCAUCGAAGAGGAGACUAAGGCCCAUGAAGUCCAAAUCCAGGAUAUUCGUCAAAGACACAGUACUGCCCUGGAGGAGCUCUCCGAACAGCUUGAACAAGCCAAGAGGCACAAGGGCAACUUGGAAAAGAGCAAACAGGGUUUGGAAAAUGAUAACAAGGAGAUGGCUGGUGAGGUGAAGAGUUUGCAGCAUGCAAAGGCUGAAUCUGAGCAUAAACGCAAGAAGCUUGAAUCGCACGUACAGGAGUUGCAGCUCAAGUUUGUAGAGAGUGAAAAGGCAAAAGCUGAAUUUUUUGAUAAGUCCCACAAGCUUCAGAAUGAAUUAGACAAUGUCUCUGGACUUCUCGAGGAAGCUGAGAAGAAAGCAAUAAAACUAACGAAAGAUACUGCCAAUUUGGAAUCUGCACUUCAAGAUGCACAGGAGCUGCUACAAGAGGAGACACGGCAAAAACUGAACCUCAGCAGUCGCAUUCGACAACUGGAAGAAGAGAAGAACAAUCUCCAAGAGCAGCAGGAGGAAGAUGAGGAAUUGAAGAAGAGUCUUGAGAAGCAGGUGGCCAUUCUCCAAAUCCAGUUGACUGACGCAAAGAAGAAAGUGGAUGAAGAUGUGACAACAAUAGAUGGCCUGGAAGAGGCCAAGAGAAAACUUCUGAAAGAUGUGGAAGCGCUCACUCAACGCUUUGAGGAGAAAACAGUGGCCUUUGAUAAAAUGGAGAAAACCAAAAACCGCCUCCAACAGGAGCUUGAUGAUCUGUUGGUGGACCUUGACCAUCAACGUCAAAUUGUCUCCAAUCUUGAGAAAAAACAGAAGAAAUUUGAUCAGAUGCUGGCUGAGGAGAAGAACAUUUCUGCUCGCUAUGCUGAGGAAAGGGAUAGAGCUGAGGCUGAGGCCAGAGAAAAGGAGACAAAAACGCUGCUGUUGACCCGAGCGCUGGACGAGGCUCUUGAAGCUAAAGAAGAGCUGGAGAGACACAACAAGCAACUCCGCGCUGAAAUGGAGGACCUGAUGAGCUCCAAGGAUGAUGUGGGCAAGAAUGUACAUGAACUUGAGAAAUCCAAGCGGGCCUUGGAGCAACAGGUGGACGAGAUGAGGACCCAGCUCGAGGAGCUGGAGGAUGAGCUGCAGGCCACAGAAGAUGCCAAGCUUCGUUUGGAGGUCAAUAUGCAGGCCAUGAAGGCCCAGUUUGAGCGGGACCUGCAGGCCAGAGAUGAGCAGAAUGAAGAGAAGAAGAGAAUGUUGGUUAAGCAGGUUCGUGAGCUUGAAGCAGAGCUGGAAGAUGAACGGAAGCAGCGUGCGCAAGCAGUCGCCCUGAGGAAGAAGCUGGAGAUGGACCUUAAAGACCUGGAAGCACAAAUUGAGGCAUCGAAUAAAGGUCGUGAUGAGGCAAUUAAACAACUCCGUAGGCUUCAGGCACAGAUGAAGGACUACCAGCGUGAGCUGGAAGAGGCUCGUGUUUCCAGAGAUGAGAUCUUCGCUCAGUCAAAGGAGAAUGAAAAGAAGCUGAAGAGUUUGGAGGCAGAAAUCUUGCAGCUUCAUGAGGAACUGGCAGCUUCGGAGAGAACACGUCGCCAUGCAGAACAGGAACGUGACGAGUUGGCAGAUGAGAUUGCAAAUAGCACAUCUGGAAAGUCUACUCUCCUGGAUGAGAAGCGUCGCCUUGAGGCUCGCAUUGUCCAGUUAGAGGAAGAGCUUGAGGAAGAGCAGAGCAACAUGGAGCUUCUCAAUGACAGGUUCCGCAAGACUACCAUGCAGGUUGAAACUCUGAAUUCGGAGCUUGCCAGUGAGCGCAGUACUGGACAGAAGAGUGAAAAUGCACGGCAACAGCUUGAGCGUCAGAAUAAAGAACUUAAAGCCAAGCUGCAAGAGCUGGAGGGAUCAGUCAAGUCCAAAUUCAAAUCCACCAUUUCGGCACUGGAGUCUAAGAUAGCACAACUGGAAGAACAACUAGAACAGGAAGCAAAGGAGCGUGCGACAGCCAACAAGUUGGUGAGACGCACGGAGAAGAAGCUGAAGGAAGUCUACAUGCAGAUUGAAGAUGAACGUCGGCAUGCCGAUCAGUACAAAGAACAGGUGGAGAAGUCAAACUCGCGCAUGAAGCAGCUGAAGCGGCAGCUGGAGGAAGCGGAGGAAGAAUCCACUCGUGCCAACGCCGCCCGUCGGAAACUCCAGCGAGAGCUGGAUGACACCACAGAGACGGCCGAGGCCAUGAACCGAGAGGUCAACACUCUGAAGAGCAGGCUCAGGAGAACUGGUACUGGCCUGACCUUCACCACCAGUCGAGCUGGAAGGCGAGCACUACAGCUGGAGGGCACCGCCCUUGAACUCUCAGACGAUGACGUGGACAACAAAGGCGGUGGGGAUGUCAAUGAAUCAGUAAACCAAGCACAGUAGAUAGAGUUUGCAUGGAAUUCCUUUCUCUGGUCCAAGAGAGGCUGAAGAUUAAAAUGAUUACUGAACUGAUGACUUCUGAUUCUUUCCUACCUAUUUUAAGUUUAAAAAAAAAAAGGCAAAUGAUCAAAUAAGCCAUGUCCUCUUGCAUCUUAAUUUUCUUUAUCUUGACUUGCUGCACCCAGCAUAUUAUAUCCUAAAUCUUCUUUGUACUAAUUUGAGCACACUUUGAAUGUUAAGCUGCACCCGAACCACAAUAAAAUCUGGACAUUAGGGUGUAAUCAGGAGAAGUCUUGAGUAUUGUUAUGCAUGCUACAUGUACAAAUAUGUAUUUUCAUAUAUAAUUUUGUGGGCAACGGCUUAGAAUUUAUCAAGUUAUUAGUCUGUGGCCAAUUGCUGCUUAAAAGAUCAAACUGUGAGCAUUGCUGGAUCUGUGUAAACAAGUUUUAUAACGAGGAAGGAGAAAGCUAAAUAUGUCUACUAGGAUGGCGAUCUCUGGUUAGUAUCAUGUUAAGUGCAGGCACUGGCCUGUGUUGUUAGUGCCAAUGUGUACUUGGAGUAACCAGGGAUUAAUAACUCACCCAAACUUAGCUACACUGAAAUAUCCUUGAAUUAUCAUCAGUCACUGAAUUGUCAUUUAAUUCACUUAUCGGCAUUGUGAUUUAUAACAUGCAUUCACUCCAAUCACUCCAGUUUCUUGGAAACCUUUUCAAAUUGCUAGUAGGGACUCGAUAGUAACAGUGGCCCUUGCAGUCCGUGUAAUUUACACACAUCAUUUUGAAGUACAACAAUUAGAUUGGUAGCUAAAUCGUGAUUAAAAUUUACAUGUUUAGUGUUUGAACUCUUAUGUUUUCCCCCCAAAUAAGCUGCUUACAUUAACUUACACAGUGGACGGGGAUAUUUCUGAUAUUGUUUAAUGGCCUAUUCCAUUCUUAAUUACUAACUUUACCCCAGAAUGUGGAUGAAAACGUUUAAUCAAUGGGGCCCAGCACCAGGUAAUUGGCUUUUUGUAUUUGACCAUUUAAAUCUCGGAGCUGUUCUGAUCAGCUGCAGUCCCCACAAUCUGAUCCUAUAUGACUUCACUUCCAAAGUGUUCGACUAAUGGUUUGUUUUUAAAAUAUGGAGUGAUGGACACGUUCUGAAGUUUAUAAAAUAUUUGCAUAAAUUGCCAUGCGCUGCCAGAUGCUGCAUGAGUCAAAAUCAUACAAAAGUGUAUGAAUCUUUAUUCAAAGCAGAGUUCCAUUAGAAUUUAAGACAUUUCAGAAUAGUGCCUUAAACAUGGCUUAUAAUUUGGUUACAAGACCAGGCAUCACAGUCAAAACUGAUAAUACACUAUGCUGAGCAAGUAACCAUUAAAAUGGUUUUAUAUUGUAUGCAGCUGAGCUUCAUGCCUUGUACAAUCCCUGUGAUCAGAAUGUAAAUAGGGGUUAACUUGGUGUUUUGAAUAUGUACCUUGAGCCUUCUGCACCAUGCAGCCAUUUCUUAAUAACUUGUUUAAAGCUUUAAAAUCUGAAGUAUGUUUGUUUCUGUACCAGCUGGUCACCAGGCACUGUCACUCUCAUACCUUGUAUACCUGUAUUUCUAGACAGCUGUACCAUUCAAUACACAAUUCUUUGGAAGCAACACUUUUUUUAAGAAAACAAUAAACUUAAGUGCAACAUUUGA